UAUAUAUUUCUAUCUAAACAUCGUACAUGAUAUACUUUAGGCACAUAUGAUAUUAUAAAUAUUAUAACAACACUGAACGUCAGCUAUUAGUCAAGAUGAACCCUUCAGGACCUGCGCAGCCUCCUAAGGACACAGCAUACAAGACGCAAGGAAACCCCGUUACCUCUAACCCUUCGGAGCAGAACAGCGCGCAACACCGCACACAUGGAAAGCCCGUAGACGAGCGCUUACCGUCUGGUCAACCUUCUAACCUCGGUGAUGCCCUGCCUUCGAGCUUAGGGUACGGGAUCCACGGCGCGCCCGCCGGGGAAGAAAAGUAUGGCCACACUCCCGAGCAAGUCGGUCGAAACCAAGAGCUGGAUGGCGACCAGAUGCGCGCUCCGGGCGAGGGCGAGGUGGCUAGCGUGGUUGAGCGCAAACCGGGUGCCAGUGGAUCUCAACCAGAUCUAGCCAGUGACCUUGAUCGCAAAAAGCAAGAGCAGUUUUCUAAGAGAGAGGCGGUUAAAGAAGAGAGGAGACAGGGUAGAGCCCCUGAUGAUGGGGAUGCUAGGGCUGGUGUUGCGACUUAGGAUAGAAAGUGGAGGAUAUCUCGACUGUGUAUUUAUUGUAAAAGUUUACCUAGUAUAAUUAAAGGACUAAAGAGAUAUAAUGUGUUAAAGCCUUUUUAAACCCUUGAAUAUUUUUCACAGGGCAGAACUCACACUAUAGAGA